GACCACCAUGCCCGACCGCACCCUCCAAUGGGCGAACAUCACCAAGCUGCCCGUUCGUCUGCAGAUCAUGGCGAAGAGUGCGCUGAACUGCUCGCCGGGAUACUUGGACCCGAUGUUUGCCAUCCCUAGGCUACCAGUCCGCGACCAGGCGUCCCUGCUCCCACUUCUGUAUCGUCUGCUCGAGUCGCCUGAAGGGAUGGAUCCUGGAGACGGUGGGAUAGCUGAAGCCGAUUACAUUCUCAAGACAUACCCCGUGCUGCAAUCCAUCGACACUCUCCUCACAAAAUCGCUCAUCCCAGAGUCGUGUAUGGUCGGCCUCUGGCCUCGGAUCUGGAAAUGCGUGUGCGCGCACCAGACAAUGGAAGACGGGGAGUGGGCAGACGUCGCAGCAUCGAAGCGGCAGACUCUAUCGUCGCUUACGGCAACCGACGUUCGGAAGGUUGGCCUUUCUGUUCUGCGUCGGCUGUGCGUGUCCGACAGAUGGCUCUCAGGCGCCUCAUCUGAACUGCCGGCGCCAUUCGGUAUUGUCCACAAGACACCUGGGCUGUUUCGGCACCUGGUCCAUCUGUGGCGCGGCGCUGUGUUUGAUCCUUCGCGGGCUCUGCCGUACACGGCUGAUCUCGGCCUCCUGCUGUGCUCUAUUCUUAUCUCAAACCACGCAGCACCACACGUCCAGGACGAGAUUUUCGACGCGUGCGGGGGCACUUCUCUGGAUUAUGCGAUGUUCGUCGUUCGACACAUCCGGACUGCGCGACGCGAGAAGGAGUGGCAUAAGAGCGCGAUGCUGCCUUGGACCGUGCAGUCGCUGACCGCGCUUCUGGAGAUCACAGUGGCGUAUUCGGACGUGCUGAUCGAGAUCCUCUUUGACAUCGGCCUCGCCGCUGAAUUGGUCAAACUCUCGCUCUGUCUUGAUCGACUCGGGAAGGCAUCGCCGCCUGUGGCCAAUGGAGUUGGCGUGAUGCUGACUUUGCAGGGCCCGAUAUUCACGCUUCUCUCAUGCGCAAAGCCGAAUCCAUCCUGGGUCCGACAGGCCUUGCGUGCGGGGCUGCUCCCUGCUAUCGCUAAGACGAAUCUCGACAUUCUCGCAUCUCCGGGGUCAACCUCCAUGAACGCAGACACGCUCUUCCCGAACCAGAUGAAACUCCUGAGCGACGUGCUUCCGGGGCAGCUGACGUCGUAUUCUGUUCUCUCGCAGCUCGAACGGGCGCUUGCCGCGCUCGAGGAGACGCAGCUCAAGUUCCCAAUCGGGCCACUCAUCACACCGUGGUCGCGGAUGCUGCCGCUCUUCAAGGCGCGUCUUGCCCUCAAGAAUGAUUUCGACUCGCGCGGACGGGUGGGAAUCGUGACAUGCGAUGGGCCCCAGUGCCGCCAAGAGUUCUCAAAGCGGGAGUUCAAAAGAUGUUCGCACUGCCGACAGGCGUUCUACUGCGACGAGCUGUGCCAGAAGACAGACUGGAAGCUGGGAACACAUAAGUUAUUCUGCGGCAAGCUUGGACUGACCCCACCUCCCGCAUUUCUCGCCUUCCUCGCACACACCGACGCAAAGCGCUUGCCAUGCCCCGAUCCGCUCGCCACAUUCACAGCUAUGGACUACACGCACGGAGCAGUGGAUCUGCGCAUCCGCUCAUUGUCUGAGCUCGCGUUGUUCCUUCCAGAGCACGAGAGCAAGUACUACCAGACUUGCGUGAAGGUCGGAGCUGGGACGAAACAGUUGCGCUUAGCCGUGCUCCCUGAAAGGUCUUGGGCGUUCUUGGCCCCGAGCCAGACUCUUCGCGACUUCACCGAGGUCUGAAGGGAGUGGUUGUGGUCAUCUAUCAUUUUAUGCUUUCUUGUUGCUUUCGAAUGCUCUGCAGUACUCAUAGUCUAACAUACCCACUGUAAUCCCGAACCCUAUCUGUAUCAUCCAUCGUCGGACCAUCCUG